AUGAGUAAUAGUAUUCCAGCAACAUCAAAAAAUACAACAUCAACAGCAACUAACCAAGACUCAAAUCAUACUUUCACAAUUUCAAACGAUAAUGUUGAUGAACGUGUAACUUUGUCAAAUGAUGAAUCUAUGUGGCAUUUCAAGAUAUCAAAAUCUGAACAAGAUGCAUAUGAUAGAGACAUACAUCGUCUUCGAUUUAUCGUGAAACCAAAAGGUAGAGCUUCACAAAAUAUAUCGAUCACGGAAAUCAAUGUACUUCUCCGAAGCACUCACAAAUUAAGACGACAAAUGUUGUUAGAAAAGAAAGAUGCAGAAUUUAGUUUGAAAGUUGUUCAACAUCAAGAGAUAUUUCACCAAGAAGCAUUGAUUUAUGAAUAUUCAUUGAUAAAAAAUAAAUUAUUUUCAUAUGAAAAACUUGAACAUGAAGCUCGUACAUUACUUGAUAUAUAUAUUCGUAAAUAUUCAAUUUCAAAUGAACAUUUUCUGACUGAAAGAGAUUUUCAAGCGAUACAAAAAUUAUGUAAUGAUCUUGAUGAAUCAAAUAUAAUUUUUAAAAAUGGAUUAUCUGAUUUUCAUCCUCAAAUUGGAGUUCUAAUGGUACCAUCUGCUAAAUCAGGUGUUGAAAAAGCCUUUAUGUUUAUAAAAAACUUGCCAUAUAAAAUGUAUAUUCAUAUUGGUAUUACCGGUCUACAUAAAAUAUUAGCAUUUCUUGUUAUUGUAUAUAUGAAUCUCAAUCAUUGGCCUACUCAUAAAUUACUUUUAAUGCUUAUUGAAAACUCAAAAGGAAAUAGUAAUUAA